CGGGAACCAACGCGGGGGCCAUGACAGCACGAGCCUGCCACGCACCAGCCACCAGGCCGCGAGGCAGACGGGGGGUGAGGGGCAGUGGUGCGUCCCCGCGUUCGUUUCGGAGAGCAGGGGCAGGUCUGGCCGAAGCAGGCGGCACCAACAUAAUAUCACGCGCAUCACCAACAGCAGGCGCUGCCGAUCGAGGUGGUCUUCCCGGUCGUCUUCCGGCAGUUCUUCCAGCGGUCUUUCGAGGCCGCCCCGGAGGCGUGGCUGCCGUUCGAGAUCUGCGGGCGGCUGGGGGAUAGCCGCGAGCCGUGGGCCGUGGAUCCGGCGCCGCCCUUGAUGCCUCGGGCCGCGGCCCCUCGGUUCUCGGGCCUGACGGCGCGAGCCGCCGAGGUGGGUGACGUCUUCGGGGCGCGCGAGUCCGACGACGCAGCGCGUCUGGACUUUCCUCAGCUUCGGCGUCUGGCGGCGAGCCUUGAUUGGAUGCUGGCGCGCAGGCGGGGCGCGGGCUGGAGGGCGGCGGCCGUCGCCCGCGAGGGCGGGCGGGGCCGCGGGCUUGCCCGGCUCUCGUUUCUGCCGACGAGUCCGAGAAAUUCAAGGGGGCGGUCGUUGCCUCCAGCAUCAGUCGCAUCGGGGCUGCGGGCUUCCACCAGUUUCGGCGUGCCAGACCGUCUCACGACUUCGCGGCAUCCUGCCAGACACGGGCAGAAAUUCGCCGCCGUGGCCGAUGGCGGGCUUGGGAGCAGCGUUUGCCUGCGCGAGAAGGGAAGCCGACUCACCGAUGCAGUUUAUCGCCUACCUUUUUCUGCUUCAGCGGCGCGGGGCCAGCCCGCGUUCGCGGCGCCCUCAGCUUUGCCGCGGCCCGCCCGGGUGCUUCUAGGCGCGGAGGGUGUGCCCGUGCUGCUGGCGCCGCAGGGUUCGUGGCCCUCGCGCGGGACUUGUUGCUUGGUGCGAAGUGUUGUUUAUUCGAUUGUUUGGGCGAUCUAACUCACCCGGGACAAUCGAAUUCAAUGUUGCUCCAGAUUUCGCGCAGGCCUGCUGAUGGACCAGCACGCUGGCGCCCACCGCAACGCCCGCGCUCGUGCCAGAGGUCACGGGAUUGAUUGGGCCCCAGCUGUUCGACCUGAUGAUUUCUUGCGCGGGCCUAGGCCUUUCCUAGAAACUCCAGGCCCAGGUUGAGACGUCAAGUCGAACUGUCUGAAUCUGAUCGCGUCUUCCUUUGCGGGCGUGCCACUCGGCCUGCAGGUCCCGCGGUCAGUCGAGAAUCCCAGGACGUCCAGGCUUUGGCUUCUUCAAGCGUCCAGCCAGAGGUCGCGUUGUCGAAUUCGUGAUCACCUCUUUGCGCACGCGGGGAGCCCAGUGGCGGAAAGACACGGGCAUCCUGCUGGGGCUGAUGCGUUUGACCCCAUGUCGCAACACCCGACAUCAGGGCUCGAAGCGUGGACUUUGCGUUUGCACUGGCGUUCGUCACGACAUCCUGCGUGGCAGGAGGCCUGGCGGGACGUUCGCCGCAAGUGUUGCUGCCGUCGAUCCUCCUCCUUUCUGCAGGGCCCUAGCUCGCUUUUUUUGUGACGCUCUUGUUGCGCAAGUUGCUGCCUCUGCCGGAAGGCAUAUAUACAUGAUUCGGCGUACCCAGCUUGUAAGCAUGCCCGCAAAUUUGGAGUUGCGAUAAUUGUCUAAGCCGGCGCAACCGAGGCGUGGCAGACCUCCUCCAGAAUGCAGCUCGGCCUCACACCUGACUUCAGGCAAGAAGAACUCGGAUGAUGGUCGUGCUUGUGCGAAAUCUAUUUUGCAAUCCGCGACGGUCCGGGGGCUCAAGGCGCACCGCCAUUCAUCCCCUCCUCCUUUCUUGUUCAUUCGCUUUUGGUUUUGCGAUAAUGUUUCAGCCGAUGCACCCGAGGCGUGGUAGCGCGCCUCCGAAAUUCAGGUCGCCCGCGCACUUGACGUUUGACAA